UUACAUGAUUCCACGUGUUAUUAACAAAGUUUCGAUGUCUUCACUACAAUGUAGAAAAUAUUAAAAAUAAAGAAAAACCCUUGAAUGAGUAGGUAACCAGUCGACUAAAUGUGGUCAGCCUUAAUGUCAACCCCAGUACAUGUCAUCGUCACCAAUCAACUGCAUUAAAAUUAAAAAACGACUGACUCCCAAUUUCUCUAUGCUAGCUAUGCUACCAGUUUAUAUGAACGGGAGUUAGCAUUUAGCAGUCAUUUCUUCUAAACCUGAAAAGGGACUACUUCUAAAUGUGUCAAAAUGUGACUUUUUGUAACCACAUUGUGGGCCUGUUACAAUACAUCAAUCUUGAUGGAUUUGACAAGUAUCCCCUUAGAUCAGAGUUCGGGCAUGUGCGCCAAUCUGGAAUUCUUCUAUCCCCCACAGUCUGCUUUCCAUUGACCUCUACCACAUCUAUCAAGUCUUUCGGCAAUUAACUAAACAUGUUACUUCCCAAUAUUUACUCUCCCAGGUUACGUGUUGACACUGCAGCAUCAAGAUGUCGUACAUGCUACCGCAUCUCCACAACGGCUGGCAGGUCGACCAAGCCAUUCUAUCCGAGGAGGACAGAGCCCUGGUUAUUAGGUUUGGACACGAUUGGGACCCAACAUGUAUGAAAAUGGACGAGGUGUUGUACAGCAUAGCUGAAAAGGUGAAAAAUGUUGCAGUCAUCUAGUUGGUGGACAUCACAGAGGUGCCGGACUUCAACAAGAUGUACGAGCUGUAUGACCCUUGCACUGUCAUGUUCUUCUGCAGGAACAAGCACAUCAUGAUAGAUCUGGGGACAGGUAACAACAACAAGAUCAACUGGACCAUGGAGGACAAGCAGGAGAUGAUUGACAUUGUUGAGACCGUUUACCGAGGGGCGAGAAAGGGACGAGGUCUGGUCGUAUCUCCGAAGGACUACUCCACAAAAUACAGAUACUGAUUGGUUCUUCGCUUUCCAGUACUUUGUGUGGAGCCCGAUGGCAGCAAAGCUGUGUCCUUCAAUAUGAGAUAUUCUGGACAACUGGAUUACAGACAGGCUCUGAUCUAGGGGCCCUGCUCUCUUUUUUAAAUGUUAUAACUAAGUCACCUUUUUUUUCAACAGCAGUUAUAAAAGACAUCAUUUGGUUUCUUCUUUAUGUAAUAAAUGCCAUGUUCAUAUUGAUAGUUGUCACUUCACAGUCCAUUUUCUUGGACCCAGAUUGAGGCUAGUCCUCGAUUUAAUAAUUUUCAAUGAAGAAUCUCAGGACUAGACUUAAUCUGGGCCUGAAAAAUUGGCCCUUAUGUUUAAUCUUAUGUGACCUGUUUCAUCUGAAAUGUUAUAGGUAGUGCUGUGAUGUCAGGAAGACUUGGAAUGAUCCAACCCCAUCAUAUUGUUAAAAAAAUGUGAAUACACAUUUAUUGUAUUAUAGAAAACAUUAUGUAUUGUGUCCAUGUAACAAUAGUUUACAUGGUAAAAUCCAUCUAAGUGAUAUCCCAUUAAAUUAUAUAGCAAAUGCCAUAGGCUGAUGUAACACAACAAUAGAUCAGUAAUAACUAGACUCUGUGUAGCCCUUUGUCAUGGCCUAUCUUCUGUCCCAGAAAUCGGGUUAACAGAUAUCAGAUCGGCUAACUUCACUUAGAAGUCACUUAGAAGUCUGCUGCUCCUCCAAACCAGCCUGGGUCAUCAGGUCAGCAACGUUCUUCUCCAGGUCAUCAAUUCGAAUCCCCACUUCAUCCAGUGGGUUGGUUAAGGGCAGUCUCGCAAUAUAUAUAAUUACAUUAUUAUUAUAAUACACUGUGCAUAGUUAGGUUGUACAUGAAACAGGAUUUUUUUAACAGAGAAAAUAAAUUAAAUGCAUAUGUUAUUCUCUGAAAAACCACUGGAUUUUCAAAACCCUUUUUUAAAUCUCUGAUUAAAAAAACAGCUGCAAUUUUGAGAUUAGGUCUAUUGCUUGACUAUCCUAUUAUUUGUAUGCACUAUAAGCUCAACGGCAGCUUUGAGAUGCUGUUCUUCAAUAGCAGAGAGUCAUUCUAUACAACAGUUGCUAGUAGUAGGGUAUGAUUUAAAAGGAUAUUUUUUAGAAACAAUCUGGUUGGAGAUUAUUUGAAAUUUAUUGUGAAGGUUCUGCAUCGUCGCUUCUAUCUUUGGGAGAGACCACACAAACAAUAAUUUCUUAGAUACAAAUGUUACCACCAAAACGCUAUACAGAUAAGAAACUUACCAUUUCUGUCAAUUCAUUUGCAGCUUUUGAGUUGGAUUCGGACAUCCUGAUUCAGCCGUGGAUUCAAAGUCGAUGGGAUUUGUCUAUAAAGUUGUGCGUCCCUGUCCCUGCGUGUCAUUCUUGGCAACAAUGUUUCAACUGAAACGCACAGGCGGGAGUUAAACAUUACUUUGGGAGACCUUUACUAAAGAGUGUGUAUGUAGUCUCCAUACAAUCUAUUAGAGGUCGACCGAUUAAUCGGAAUGGCUGAUUAAUUAGGGCUGAUUUCAUAACAAUCGGAAAUCGGUGUAUAUAUAUAUAUAUAUAUAUAAAUUUCUUUCUUACACCUUUAUUUAAUCUUUAUUUAACUAUUCUUAUUUUCAAUGACAGCCUAGGAACGAGGCAAAACGACAGAUUUGUACCUUGUCAGCUCGGGAGAUCGAAACUUGCAACCUUACAGUUAACUAGUCCAACGCUCUAACCACUUGCCUCACGAGGAGCCUGCCUGUUACGCGAAUGCAGCAACAUGUAAAGUGUUGGUCCCAUGUUUCAUGAGCUGAAAUAAAAUAUAGAA